AUGCACUUGCAGACGGGAUGGGUGGCUGUUUGGAGGCGAUGGGGACAGCGCCAUUUAGCCACACUUCGGCUGCAGCUUGAAAAUCCCACUCACUUGCCCGGUGAACGUCCCUUUGACCUUGGGCCGUUCGCGUGCCAUCGAGUGCCUUCAGAUGCCGAGCCGAUACGUUUGGAUCGCUGGCUCCAGAAGCAUGUUUGCUCGAACUGGAAUGCUGGCCAAAAGCUAAUUAGCUCAAAACAGGUCUGGGUGAUGAGCCCGACUGCAACUGCAGAGGAGCACCGCGGAAGUGUCGUGAUUCCGCGCUUUCGCCCCACUUGUCAAGGGCGCACACCAUUGAAAGCAAACGACUUGGUGUACUUUCCGAAGGUCAUGAGCCCCGUGCCGAAGAAGCGCGUACCAGUGCGACAGAAGGAGGAAACUCCCGGAUGGUUGCUUAGACGAAUCAUUUACAAAGACACAGACUUCCUGGUCUUGGACAAGCCUUCUGGGUGGUCCGUCGUUCCAGGCAAGCAUGUCGGUGGAAUGCACUUGCUGAGAUUGUUGCCCAGCCUCCAGUUCGGCAUGGAGGAGCCCCCACGGCUGGUCCACCGCCUGAGCACGGAGAUGAGCGGUGUGCUGCUGCUUGCGCGGCACAAGGCUGCGGCGUCUUUCGCCAAAGACAUGGUGGCACAACGCUCUUUCUGGAAGCGAGAGCUAUGGGCUGUCGUCUGUGGAAGGACUCCCAAAUCCGGGCAAGUCUCGAUGCCUUUAGCUUUGGAAAGGCUCGGCAAAGGUUCUGUUGCGAAGCCUGUCCGUGAAGACGACGGUGGCCUGCCUGCCUUGACUGAAUAUUCUUCGGUCUUGUACUCUCCGCUCGCUGGUGGCUUGACACUCCUGUCCAUGAACCCAUAUAGCGGACGGUAUCACCAGACACGCGCGCACUGUGCCUUUGGGCUGCGUGCACCUAUGGUGGGCGACCCGGUCUAUUACCAGAUGUCCAACGAGCUGUCCACGGUCUCCGACUUCAAAGUGAAGUACCACUCUGCCGAGGCACGCCGCGAACGUGCCGAGCUCUUGGGCGCCCAGCCCCGCUUGCAUUUGCAUAGCCGCCAGCUGACCAUCAAGACGUUUGCUGGGAAGGAAGUGACAGUUACAGCGCCGCUUCCUACGCACAUGUCCACAACUUUCCACGCUCUUGGAUGGUCUGGUUGGCUGAGGCGUGCUGAGCGACGUGCAGCUUUGGAAAGUGCGUGGCGGGCCGAAGAGGAUCCGCAUGUCAUCGAAGCCCUGGCGCAGGCCCGCAUCGAGCACGAGCGUCACGGGAAUGGCUCAACGUCGCCGGGCGGCUCUGCCGCUGGAGCCGAAGCAGAAGAGGAAAAGGAAGAGGAGGAACAGGAGCCCGCGGAGCAUUCGGUGCCAGAGCCCGAAUCCUCCGACCUCUCGGCUAGUUCACGUGGUCGCAGGUCGCGCAGAAAAACUUGA